GUUGGCGUCUCUGCCUGCCAAUCAAGUGAAGUCAUGAAGGUGUUGUUCGACCGUCUUUGACAGGUACGGCGAUGACAAUGGGCGACUGUUUACUUUGUACCGUGUGUAUGUUUUUCAUUUCAACGCGAUGACACGCUGCUUAAUUUUUACCGUAACGUCACCCUCGACUCCUUCCUCGGUCGGACCGAAGCGAAGCCCUCGGAUGUAGCUUAGCAGCCUGCUAACAAACCGCUGAGAGCCUGGGAGAGAGGCAGCCAUUGUUUGAGUUGUUGGCUAACAUGGCAACGAAGGCUAACGACAGCAGCGUCGGCUAGACGGUCUUCAAGAUACAGCUGUGAUCAUCCUCCAUGAUGUGUGACGGUUUUGAGGCCAGUAAGCAGUCCCUCUCUCCCUCAUCUUGGGCCAGUCCCCCGAUUUCACCACCAUCCUAAAGUCGCUCUCUCAACUCGCCAAGAUGACGGACAGGAAGGAGCCGCCUUUCUUCAAUGACGACAGUGUGGGAGCUUUUCAAUACAAGCUCCCUUUCUAUGACACUAUGGAGCUCUUCAUAGAGACCCUGACAGGAACCUGUUUCGAGCUGCGCGUGUUGCCUUUCGAGGCUGUCAUUUCGGUCAAAGCAAAGAUCCAGAGGCUGGAAGGUAUCCCCGUUGCCCAGCAGCACCUUAUCUGGAACAGUGUGGAGCUGGAUGACGACCAUUGUCUGCAUGACUACGGCAUUGCUGAGGGCUGCACUUUGAAACUGGUCUUGGCUAUGAGGGGAGGCCCCAUAAACACCAGGAGAGUAACCAUGGAGGACCCUAUCAAAGACAUGGCCGACCUGAUGGAGGGCACAAAGGAGGAGGGUUGGGAGAAAAGCCUACCGAACAAGCAGGUCACUUUCGUGGUCUAUCGUGAGGGUGACCAGCUAAACUUCUUCAGAGUGGUCGACAGGGGAGACGGUACCCUGACACCUCUGUCUGAAUCUCUGAGUUCUGGCUCGGUGUACAAUGUGUAUGCAGAGGAGGAGGACGGAGAGAGUUUGGCAGCUGCACAGCAGAGCCUUGAGAACUCCAUCACCAUGAGCAAAAUGAAACAGCUCAAAGCGAAGAUGGAGGACAUGAACCUCAACAAAAAGAAGUCGGCAAAGGUAAAACCACGGGCCCCUGUCAGCCCACAUCCCUUCGGCAGCUCUCACGGACCUUCUAGCAUACGUCACCACCAUCGCCUCUUUCGCUCGUCACAGAUCAAUCAGCCUUGGCAGACAAAUGCCCCACUACCUCCAAUAGUAGACCAUGAACCCGUAGACCCCUCUCUACCCUCCACUGCUGCGACCUCUGCCCACUUGUCCAUACCUAGACGGCCACCUCCGUCGUUCUCCUCCCCCUCUUGUUACAUGCUUCAGGAGGAGGAGCCGUGGGAGACGUGCCCGCCGUUUGCAAAGAUCCGUCCACCUCCCAAAGUGUCCCGGUUGGACAUCGGCAACGCCAGGUUGAUGAGGGACUGCGUGUACCCCCAGCUCCCUCCGCUGUGUAGCAGGCGGCCACCUGAGGCCACCUUUGACCCAGUCGAGCCUGCGGCGGAAUCACUUGGCCUGGGUUUGUUAGAGGAAGCCGUUGGGCUGGCCGUGCCAACGCAACCGGGAGCUCCGUUCGGGGACCUGUCAGAACCUCUGAGUCUGGACGUGUCCGCCCAGCCCGAGGGAGGGCGUCAGUCCCCCUCCCCGCUUAGUCCCUGGACACUCGGGAGAAGCGAUACUCUCCCCGGCAGAGCUGACGGGACCCAGCUUGGCACGUCGUUUCACAUCAGCCCUCCCUCUCCCUUGCCUGCCCCCGCCUCUCCAUCGGCUUCAUCCAGGCUGCUGUCUCAGCAUUUCGAUGCCACUUUCUCUUGUUUACUGCCUAACUUUCAAGCACAAUCCACGGCGAAGCCAGGCAACACGUCUCCACUCCCUUCAUCCACCUUGUCACCACAUCCGCCACACGUUCGUGGCGUUAAAGUAGAGUCGCCCGGCAAAAGGCCAGAGCUAAUUUCCAAGAGGGAGGCGAGGGGCAUCACGAAGUUGGCGAACCAAGCCUGCAAGGAGCCCCUGGGCUCUCUGAACAACUCCGAGCUCUUAGCCUCUCUCUCCACAAGGGCUCCAGACAGCAGCAGCGGCAGCAGUGGCAGGGAUAGCCUCGGAGAGAGUUUGGGACUUGCUUUGGCGCUGCCUCCUGCCACUGCCUCAGGACAGGGCAGCCUUGGCUCCAGGCUGCCAUCCAUCCCGACCAACAGGCUCCUUCAGGAUGAGCUCAUUAGACAAAUGUCACCGUUUCACCAAGCCACAGCCUCUUACAUGACCAAUAACACCCUUCCAUCAGCUGAGGGAGUCGUGACUGCAUUCGGGACAAUAGGCACUCCAACGUACCACCUACCUCCAGUCAAGCCUUCCACAGGCACCAAGAAGAAGAGCUCCAAGCACUGCUUCCUCUGUGGCAAGAAGACUGGGCUGGCCACCAGCUACGAAUGCAGGUGUGGUCAAAACUUCUGCGCCACCCACCGCUACGCCGAGACUCAUGACUGCAGUUACGACUACAAGAGUGCGGGACGCCGCUUUCUCCAAGACGCCAACCCUCUUAUCAGUGCUCCCAAGCUGCCUAAGAUCUAGACUCCCACCCGUCACUGGGGACAGCCUGAGGAAGUAAACAUUAAACUGACUGGACGGGAGGGGGAAAAAAAAAAAAAAUCUUCUUCUACACCACUGUGUGCUUUUUUUAAUUUUUAUCAGCCAAGUUUGCUUAAUAUUAAAAUAAAAUAUUCUGUAAAGCCAAGUGUGAACAAACAAGAGUGGACUGAAAUGGCGCAGAACUAAUUAUGCCUCUUGACAAUGUGAAAAUGUCUAUUCUUUUUAUCUAUUACCUUUUCUUUUCCUUUGUGUAAAAACAACAACAACAAAAAAAAAAGAACAGAUCUGUGCAUGUAUGGUAGGUAGGUUUUGCUAAAUAUAUCUGCUGCACGUAUCCGUUUCAGUUGGUCUUUUCGUUUUCUCUUCAUUAAAUAGGACCGCUCAUGACUUCUCAUUUGACAAGUCUUUGACAGAUGCACUUUAGACCUAUCAUGACUUUAAUUAUGUGGGAAGGGAAGGCCGCAUACGUUUGUGUUUAUGUUAUCCAGAUUUUUAUAUUCCACACACCUGAACGUCUUUCUCAAGUUUCUCUACGUGGGCACAUAUAGUGAAAUCUUUCUUACAAGAACCCAAUACGCAACACUUAUCGCUAAAGUACUUAAUAUUUAUUAAAGAAUACUACUUAUUUAAGUUAAAGGUUGUUUUUUUUUUUCUUCGAAUAGGAAGUAUGAAAUGUGAGUAGGUGUGAAUGUCAGUAAUCGAGUAAACUGUAUUAGGUAUGGGGGGGUGGUUAUGGUAUUUAUGAUGUGUCUAUAAUAAGGUGGUUGCCAUAAUAAUAAUAAAAAAAAAAUCUUUUGUAAGUCUUUUUUAUUGCUCAACUUUAAAUGCUGUUAAAGUAUCUACAGGGGUUUGAUCUAAUAAAGUCUCUUUCCAAACA